AUGUCUACUCGUACCGUUUCUGUAAAAAAUUUCAACAAUAACAAGCAUCAUCAUCAUAACCCAAGCAAUGCCAAUCCUCAUGUUACGUCAUUGAAGCCUAUUACAAACAACAAGAAGAACCAACAACACCAUUCAUCCAAAAAGAAUCCCAAGUUGCAGGCAACCCAGCACCAUAACAAGCAUAGCAACAACAACAACAACAACAAUCAAUCCAAGCGCCGCUCAAGUAAGACUACCUCUUCCAGUGCUAGCGAGGAUGAUACCUCUUCCUCUUCUUCUGAAGAUGACAUGUCCCCCAAGCCAAGCAACAGAAGAAGUAACAACAAUAACAAGCGCCAUUCUUUUGAAUACAAAAGUUUGGUUGACCAAGUCUACGCUGGCCCUACUUUCAAUAAUGCUCCUGCUCCCAGCGCACUUCCUAUCCCUGCUUUCAAUGCUCGUGGUUCCCCUAUCAACUAUCACCAACCUCUUUAUCAUCCUGUAAAUCCCACUUUUCAUCAACAAUCUAUGGAUCUCAUGAACCUGAUUAACACUCCUCAAAAGGUCGCUACUGCUUAUGAACUUGAACAAACCAACUUGGCUCUUUCUGAAAUCCAACGAGGUCUUCGUUCCAUGCUCAAGAUUGAAUCCUAA